AUGUCGUCAGACAAGAUGGACGCCGCUUCGCUGAUCUCGAAAUUGAACCUCAACAAGGAUGAAUCCAAGGAACAGAAGCCCGAAAACGCAGACGGGGUAAAGGAAGAUUCCAAAACCGAAACCGAAAGGGCAAAGAGUCCUACAGAGGAGGUCAAGGAGGACAAGCCAGACAAAAAAGAUAACGCAGAGAAACCUCAAAAUUCUCUCGUUGAUUCGACCUACGAGGUGAAGGUGAAGCUUGCAGAUCUUCAGGCUGAUCCAAACUCGCCAUUGUACUCCGUGAAGUCGUUCGAGGAGCUGGGAUUGCGCGAAGAGCUUCUCAAAGGACUAUACGCAAUGAAAUUCUCCAAGCCGUCCAAAAUUCAGGAAAAGGCACUUCCCCUGCUCAUCCAGAAUCCUCCACGUAAUAUGAUUGGCCAGUCGCAGUCGGGUACAGGUAAAACAGCGGCAUUCUCGCUUGCCAUGCUCACCAGGGUGGAUGAGAAUGAUCCUAUGGUGCAGGCUCUAUGUUUGUCUCCUGCCAGAGAGCUGGCCAGACAGACUGAAGAAGUCGUUUCCCAGAUGUGCAAGUACACAAACAUCAAAGUCAAGCUUGUGGUUCCCGGCUCUUUGGAGAGGGACGAGGCAGUCAAUGGACAGGUAGUGAUCGCUACCCCUGGCGUGAUCUUGGAUCUUUUGAGAAGACGCAAGAUCAACUUUAGUCAUUUGAAGAUAUUCGUUUUAGAUGAGGCAGACAAUAUGCUGGAUAAACAGGGGCUUGCCGAUCAGUGUCUUCGUGUAAAGAAAAACAUUCCGCAAUCAACUCAGCUGGUUCUUUUCUCGGCUACUUUCCCUCAGGAAGUUCGCAGGUACGCUGAAAAAUUUGUUCCUAACGCAAACUCGCUAGAGUUAAAGCAUGAGGAGCUUAACGUGGAUGCCAUCAAGCAACUGUACAUGGACUGCGACUCGGACCAGCACAAGUUUGAAGUUCUUUGCGAGCUCUACGGUUUGUUGACCAUUGCAUCUUCCAUCAUAUUUGUCCAAACGAAGGACACCGCCUCGAAAUUGUAUGCCAGAAUGAAGCAGGAAGGCCACGCGGUUUCUAUCCUGCAUGGUGAUUUGCAGCCAGCAGAAAGGGACCGUUUGAUCGACGACUUCAGAGAGGGCAGAUCGAAGGUCUUGAUCACCACCAAUGUCUUGGCCAGAGGCAUUGACAUCCCUUCGGUUUCCAUGGUGGUGAACUAUGACAUUCCUCUAGACAAGUCAGGAAAGCCAGAUCCGUCCACCUAUCUGCAUAGAAUCGGAAGAACCGGCCGAUUUGGCCGUACCGGUGUGUCUAUCUCCUUGAUUCACGACAAGAAGUCUUAUCAGGACCUAGAGGCCAUCAGACAAUAUUUCGGUGGAAUUGAAAUGAUCAGAUUACCGACCGAUGACUGGGAUGAAGUGGAAGAGAUUGUAAAAAAGGUUGUCAAAUGA